AUAAGCUACAUUCUUUAUUAUCUGUUAUCACUUGUUAUCUAUCAUCGUUGAUUCAUCAUCCGACGAUCAACGCUACACCCAAUUCUUCUUGUGUGUUGAAAAGAAGUUCAAUUUUAUUUUUGCUUCAAGUGAAGUUGGAACAUUUUAUUAAUUAACAUGUAUUCAAAAAAGUUACUAUUCUAUCUCGCAGUUAGUUUGCUUAUUAUGGGAAUCUUCAUCGAUGGAAUAGAGGCAAGACGUAAAAUACUACGCGGUCGUAAGACAAUUACAAGACAAUAUUACAGAGGUACAGCUAUACCCGCAUGGGCAAUAGUGCUAUUAUGUGGAAUUAGUAUGUUGUUAAUAGGCGGUGGUCUUUACCUUUUACUACAAAAGUUUGUAAUUGAUCCAGCUGACACAACAAAAAGCCAUUCAUACCAACCAGCUGUACAAAACGAAGCUUAAUUUUUAAUAGAUAAUUAUAAUCAUA